AUGCCUCCCCAUGGAAAAAUGACUGCCGCACAGCGAGCACUCGGAAUCGCUGAGAUUGUGGGCCUAAUCCUCUCGUUUGUGCGGAGAGACUGGUUCGGACCACGAAAGCGAGAUUCCUUGCGUCAUUGCGCUCUAGUGAACAAGCUCUGGCUUGUCGAAACGCUUCUUAUGAUAUGGUACGCUGUUGACCUCUCAGUCGAGACCCUCUCUAAGACAGCCGUCGACAGUUUUAUGCCAACUUUGUAG